CUGAUAUUUGAGACCCACAAGUCUCCCCCAUGGCUCCUUAUCAGAUCCGCCAGUACCAGGAGAGGGACCACAAACAGAGUUACAGGGAAACAUACAGUCAGAAGUAGCUGUGUCUUUGGCCUUUGAGAUCUGAGACCCAGAAGUCUCCCAUGGCUCCUUAUCGUAUCCGAAAAUACCAGGACAGCGACCACAGGAGUGUGGUGGAUUUGUUCCGCAGAGGCAUGGAGGAGCACAUCCCCGCCUCCUUCCGCCACAUGCUGCUGCUGCCCCGAACCCUCCUGCUCCUACUCGGGGUCCCUCUUGCUCUAUUCUUGGUCUCAGGCUCCUGGCUUCUGGUUCUUCUGUCCAUCCUUACCUUCUUUGUCGCCCUAUGGCUCCUUGCAAGAUACACUUGGGAAAAGUAUAUAACAAUGUGUUUGCACACAGACAUGGCUGACAUCACCGGAACCUACUUGAGUUCUCCUUACUCCUGCUUCUGGGUAGCUGAGUCUAGAGGUCAGACGGUGGGCAUAGUGGCUGCGCUGCCGGUGAACAAUCCCCUCCUGCAGAAGAAGCAACUACAGCUACGUCACCUCUCUGUGUCCUUGGAACACCGAAGAGAGGGGAUAGGGAAAGCUCUGGUCAGGACUGUCCUCCAGUUUGCACAGAUGCAGGGCUUCAGUGAAGUUGUCCUUGCCACCAGCAUGUUGCAGUAUGCAGCCUUAGCUCUCUAUCAGGGCAUGGGCUUCCAGAAGACUGGCGAGACUUUCUUCACCUUUAUCUCCAGACUAAGGAAAUCUCCAAUGAUACAGUUAAAGUAUUGCCUCGCUUCUCCUCUGGAAGGGGACCUGUGAGCUCUCUCCUGUGGGCACCAGUCAGGAUCUAAUUGCUUCUCUAAUAGUAACAAGCAAAUGCAGCUACUUCAGGUGCAAACCACUAACCCUUCCUCUUAAGUACAUCUGAAUAAAUGUGGUUGUGGUUGUUGUUGGGGCAAUGGCAACUCUGUGUUAGUCAUGUUUUCUGAGGCAUCCUUUCGCUAACACUACAGUCAUGUAUAAAAAGUAACACAAAAUAAUAAAAUUUUACUUAGCUUGUGAAUCUUUGGCUCAUCUACCAAGCUUGGCAGGACAGCUGUCAGGGUCUCAGGACAUCUUGGCUUGGCUGAAGCAUAUUACCUCAUUCUAGCAGACUGGCUCAGGCAGGGCUUGAGGAUUUUAUAGUCACGAAAGCAAAAGCAUGAGGAAGUGAAGACCUUUCUCAAACCCUGAAGGUGUCACGUGCAGGAACAUCCAAGACUUGGGUGCAAACUCACCCACCUCUGUCGUCGAGGGACUGAAGUCACAGAACCAAGGGGCAGGCUGUGGCCCUGUGACUAGCCAGACAGCAACACGUUCAACUGCUUCUGCAUAAGGUUAGGAGAGUGGGUGGGGGUGGAGUACAGGGUGUCUUACAGAUUGUUCCACCCUUUGGGAGCUGACUGGAGCAGCAUGCAUGCCUUGAACUAGGCUGGACAUGAAGUGUUCCUGUAGCCAAUUAGAGCUAUAGGAUCAGUAAGGUUCCCAUACAUAACCCCUGGGACACAGCUUCGUUCUGUCCACACUGCCCUGGGAUUCCUGUUUUCCCUAAGUGUGUCUGGCCUGAAUGUGCUCCUGUAAGCCUUGAUGUGUUAGGGUUGUGACAGUAUUUUAACAGCAGUGCAAAUGUUAUAAAAAAUGCCACCAACUUGUGUAUUUAAAAAUAGUUAACUCCAAG